CAUUUGUUGAUACUUCGUUAUUUUGUCAGAAGAAAACAAAUUAUCACCAAGAAUUUGUUGCUUAUUUAGCACAUAAUAUAUAGUUUUAUCCGUUUGACUAAACUAAAAUUUUAACUUAAAAUCAUGGAGGAAGAUGCACCGAGAGCAAAACGACAACGUGUAGACAAAGCUGGCCGAUUUGCUGCUCUGGAAAAGCUAAAGAAUUUAAAAGGAAGCAAAAAUAAGUGCAAUGUCGAAGAGGAUGUAGAUAACGUGUAUGAAAUUAUUGAUGAAAAAGACUAUGAGAAGCGAGCAAAAGAAAAAUAUGGUGGUCACGAUUGGAUUGAAGAUGAUGGGACGGGUUAUUUGGAAGAUGGCAGGGACUUCUUCGAAGAUGAGGAUUACUCGGAGGACGAAGGUGGUGCAGGUGGUAGAGAUGCCAAGGGAUCUAAAAAGCGCCCAAGAGAUGCAUCGAAGCCGACAAAGGGUAAAGGUUCUAUAAGAAACCUAUUUAGCAAUGCCGUGCCUAAGAAAAAAGAACCUCUGAUCAAGGUGGCGGAAGAUGAUGUUUUGGCUGAUAUUUUGGGGGAACUUGAUGAUGGCGGAAAACAAGCUGGAACGACAAAUGGCGUAACAUCGAAAACCCAGGGACAUUAUCAAACUACUUCAAAGAUCAACCAAACGGAUGCAGCCUUGGCAAAAGAGUAUAUGAAUAGUUUCAUCAACAACAUCAAAAUAAAAGAGAAUCCAAAGAAAACUAAUGACAGUACCAGUGACGAUGAAAUGCUCGACAAAAUCCUUAAGCCACAGAUGAAACCAAAGCCUGUAGUUUUGGCGGAUAAGGAGGAAAUCAUUAAAACUGACAAAAUAAACAAAGUGGCCUCAAAAAAGAAUCCAUUUUUAAAGGAAAAGAAGAAGGUGGAAAAAGAAGAUGAAGAAGAAGAAAAGCCAAUAGCUUCUACAGAAAUUGAAGACAUUCCUGAUGACGACAUGGACUUUAGUAUGCUCAAUGAUGAUGAGAAUCAAUUUGAAGAGAAGCCUGCAACCACUGCAAAACCAAAGGAUGUCGAAGCAAAACAAGAAAAAAGUCCCAAAAUUCAAUCCAAACCGAUAACUACUGCCGAGGAUGAUAUGAAAAGCUUACUGAAUAACUGGGAGAACAUCUGCAAUAUGGAUAACUUUGACGAAGAAAUAGCCGCUGCAACAUCGGCGACAGAUGAGAGUGCUCUGGGUAGUGAGGAAUUGAAGUUCUACUAUUGGGAAGCUUGGGAGGAUCCAGUGAGAAUACCGGGUGAAGUUUUUCUUUUUGGAAAAUUGCAGGGAAAAACUGAUACAGACUCAAAGUCGAUUUGCGUUCGAGUGGAAGACAUAAAGAGAGUUUUAUAUCUUUUACCAAGAGAGUAUAUGCUCGAUCCGAUUACAAAAGAAAAGACCAAUCAGAAAGUUGAACUCACUGACGUUUAUAAAGAAUUCGAAGAGGUGAUAUCAACUGAAAUUGGUGUUGAUGAAUUCCGAUCCAAACGAGUAACCAAAAACUUUGCCUAUCACCCCAUCGGUGUUGAUGUUCCCGAAGUUUGUGAAUACAUUGAGAUUCACUAUAGUGGAAAAAAAGGACCACCAAAUACCAAGACGAAAUAUAAUUCGAUUGCGUACAUAUUUGGUGCUAAUACAAACUCACUUGAACGAUUCAUACUUGAUCGCAAAAUAAAAGGUCCUUGCUGGUUGACGCUAACCAAUUUCACAAUCAACAAAACGCCACAAAGUUGGUGUAAAACCGAAGUCACUUGUUCAUCUCCAAACUUUGUGACUCUGUCUGAAAAUCAAAAAAUCCCGCCACCCCCAAUUUGUGUUCUAACUCUCAAUGUGCGAACUGCGUUGAAUCCAAAAUUGAUGAAAAAUGAAAUCGUUAUGAUAUCUUGUUUAGUUAACAAUCGCUUCCGCGUGGAUAAACCGCCUCCGAAUCCACCGUUCAAUCGACACUUUUGUGGCUUCACUCGACCAGUGACACAGAAUUGGCCUUUCGACUUAAAUAUCAAACUUUCUCAAUACAAAUCGACCCAAGCCAAAAAAAUGGACUCUGAAAGAGCCCUCCUGAGCUGGUUCCUUGCAACAUAUCAGAGUAUUGAUCCAGAUUUGAUUGUCACUCAAGAUGCCGCUGAUUGUCAACUGGAUGUUAUUUGUGACCGAGUGUCUACUUUGAAAAUCCAGCUUUGGUCUCGAUUGGGACGUCUGCGUAUGUCUCAGAGUUUUGGAAAGCGAAUGUUGGACUUUUUUGUCGGUCGAAUGGUUUGCGAUGUUAAGAGGUCAGCGGAAGAAUUAAUUAAAUCCAGGAGCUUUGAUUUGAAUACACUGUGUGUGAAUGUUCUUAAAAUAAAAGAGGGUGAACGUAUGGACGUCAAUGAAGAUGAAUUACAUCAGAUGUUCGAGACUGGAGAUGGAAUCCUAAAACUGAUCACAUUGACCAUGCAAGACUGUUCGUUUGUAUUAAGACUUAUGUGCGAGUUAAAUGUGAUGCCAUUGGCAAUGCAGAUUACGAGUAUUUGCGGAAAUGUAAUGUCACGAACUUUACAAGGGGGCAGAUCGGAGAGAAACGAAUUUUUAUUGCUUCAUGCUUUCACUGAAAAGAAUUAUAUUGUUCCAGAUAAGAAGAAGCGUGAGUUCACCAACUGGAAUAGUACUCAAAUUGAUUUAGCUGACGGUGAUGCAACAAAAACAGCGGCAACAAGAAAGAAAGCUGCCUACUCGGGAGGUUUAGUUUUAGAGCCGGUGAAAGGACUCUAUGACAAAUACAUUCUUCUCAUGGAUUUCAACUCUUUAUACCCCAGUAUUAUUCAAGAGUACAACAUAUGCUUCACAACAGUUCCCCAACCGGAGAAAGAUGAAGAGCUUGCCACGCUUCCAGAUUCAAGUGUAGAACAUGGCAUUCUUCCCCGACAAAUCCGUCGGUUAGUUGAGAGCAGACGCGAGGUUAAGAAACUCAUGGCUGCAUCGGAUUUAGAACCAGAGCUAAAAAUGCAAUACCACAUCAGGCAGAUGGCCCUUAAGCUAACAGCAAAUUCAAUGUAUGGAUGUCUGGGUUUUGCCCAUUCUCGUUUCUUUGCCCAACACUUGGCCGCUUUAGUGACGCAUAAGGGUCGAGAGAUUCUAAUGAACACUAAGAGUCUAGUUCAAAAACUAAACUACGAAGUCGUUUAUGGUGAUACAGACAGUAUUAUGAUAAACACAAAUAGCUUGGACUAUGAUCAAGUCUUUAAAAUUGGUCAUAAUAUCAAACAAACUGUAAAUAAGAUCUACAAACAAGUGGAACUCGAUAUUGAUGGUGUUUUCAAAUGUCUUCUUUUGUUGAAAAAGAAGAAGUAUGCUGCUGUUACUGUGAGUAAAACACCUAAGGGCGAACUAAAGUUCUCACAGGAACACAAAGGUUUGGACAUAGUUCGACGAGAUUGGUCACAAAUUGCUGUAAUGGUGGGAAAAAUCGUACUCGAUGAAAUUCUAUCCGACAAGCAACAUGACGAUAAAAUUGAUGCAAUUCACAAUCAUUUAGAAAAAGUCAAGACUAAUAUUGAAGAAAACAGUGUACCUCUUCCAAUGUUUGUGAUAACCAAACAGCUAGCCAAAGCACCCAAAGAAUUUACUGGAAAUAGUGCUGUGACACAGUCUCACGUUCAAGUUGCUCUGCGAAUGAAUGACACAAAAAAUCGACGCUAUAAGAAGGGCGAUAUGGUAGACUACAUAAUUUGCGAUGAUGGAACUUGUAACCCGGCGACGCAAAGAGCUUAUCAUUUGGAUGAGAUUAAAUCAAGUGAAAACUUGAAAGUAGACAAAAUCUACUAUCUGGCUCAUCAAAUACAUCCAGUUAUUUGGAGAAUGUGUGAUCCAUUGGAGGGAACCGAUGCAAGUAGAAUUGCUCAAUGCCUCGGACUGGAUCCGAGUAAAUUUAAAAUUGCUGCACAAAGAUCCCAACAAGAAAAAAUGGAUGAUGGUAUUGGGGAAUCGAUUGUUAAAUCGUCUUUACAGAAAUUCCUUCAGUGUGAAAAAUUCGAAUUUGCAUGUGUAACAUGUAAAACAAAUAAUAUUGUAGCCUCCGCCUUCAAACCCGCAGUCAACAGAUCGUACGAUGCAGUUCUGGCUAAAUGUUCCAACUCCGAAUGUGGGGCGUGUCCCUACAAGUAUGUUGUAUCGAUACGUAACCAGCUCAUCUUGGCAAUGCGAAAACACAUAAAGCGAUUCUAUGAAAAUUGGUUGGUAUGUGACGAUCCAGCGUGCAACAGUAACACGAGAAGAUAUUCCCAUGUGACACAUAGUCGAAGGCCAAUAUGUUUGGCUUGCAAGAAAGGAGUCCUCAUACGACAAUUUUCAGAGCGAGAUCUCUACAAUCAACUCACCUAUUUACAGUAUAUGUUUGAUUUGAGUAAACAUCAACAGAAGAAUGUGAACUUAACUCCAGAAAUAGAAACUGCCUACGCAAUGCUCAGGGAAACAGUAGAACAACAAUUAGACAGAUCAGCCUUUUGUACCAUAAGUUUGGCAAAAUUGUUUGACCAGUUGUCGUCGUCAUAAUUAGAUAUUAAAAUACAUUAAAUUGGUUUAUUCUCAAAACAAAAUAACUUUCUAAUAAAUUGUACAUUAUUU